UGCGCAAUGCGCGCCGGUCGGGCGCUCGGGCACUUCUAACCCCUGUGAGCCGCGGUUCUGCUGCGGGGGCCCGCGGGGAGGAAUGGAGCUGGCGGGCGGCGGCGGCGACCGCGGCUCCUCCGCAGACCCCCGGAGCGCCUUCGUGCUGAGUAACCUGGCGGAGGUGGUGGAGCGUGUACUCUCCUUCCUGCCCGCCAAGGCGCUGCUGCGAGUGGCCGGCGUGAGCCGCCUGUGGCGGGAGAGCGUGCGCAGAGUGCUGCGGGCCCAGCGGAGGGUGGCCUGGAUCUCGGCGGGCUCGGCGGACGCCGGCCACCUGCAGGAGCACUGCUUGGUCCGAGUGGCAGCCCAGGAGCUUGAGAAUGUGCACAUCUUACCACAGACAGUUCUUUACAUGGCUGAUUCGGAAACUUUCAUGAGCCUGGAAGAGUGUCGUGGCCACAAGAGAGCAAGGAAGAGGACGACCAUGGAGACAGCCUUUGCCCUCGAGAAGCUAUUCCCGAAACGGUGCCAAGUCCUGGGAGUCGUGACCCCAGGGAUCGUAGUGACUCCAAUGGGAUCAGGUAGCAAUCGACCUCAGGAAAUAGAAAUUGGAGAAUCUGGUUUUGCUCUGUUAUUCCCUCAAAUUGAAGGAAUAAAGAUACAGCCCUUUCAUUUUGUUAAGGAUCCGAAGAAUCUAACACUAGAAAGACGUCAGCUUGCAGAAGCAGGUCUCUUAGACAACCCCGAGCUGCGUGUGGUCCUGGUGUUCGGCUACAACUGCUGUAAGGUGGGAGCCAGCAGUUACCUGCAGCGGGUCGUCAGCACCUUCAGUGACAUGAAUGUCAUCCUGGCUGGCGGCCAGGUGGACAACCUGGCAUCGCUGACCUCUGAGAAGAGCCCUCUGGAUAUUGAAGCUACCGGUGUGGUUGGCCUGUCAUUCAGUGGACACCGAGUGCAGAGUGCCACAGUGCUGCUCAGUGAGGACGUGAGUGACGAGAAGACCGCCGAGGCUGCGAUGCAGCGCCUCAAGGCAGCCAACAUUCCAGAACAAAACACCAUCGGCUUCAUGUUCGCCUGCAUCGGCCGGGGCUUCCAGUAUUACAGAGCCAAGGGGAACGUGGAGGCAGACGCCUUCAGAAAGUUGUUUCCUGCUGUGCCUUUAUUUGGCUUCUUUGGAAACGGAGAAAUUGGGUGUGACCGCAUAGUCACCGGGAACUUUAUCCUGAAGAAAUGUAACGAGGUCAAGGACGAGGACCUGUUUCACAGCUACACGACCAUCAUGGCGCUGGUUCAUCUGGGGUUGUCCAAGUGAAGCCAGCACGUGCCUUCACAGCAGAAGUGGACACGCGGAACUGACUUUGUAGGUCUGCUGUGUGGUUUGAGGCUCUAAAGAUGACUUCAGCGUAGUUUUUAAUACUGUAGAGGGGACAGCUCUGGAUGUCAUGGAGUGCAGAGCUGAGCUGAGGGCUUUGGCGUCGGGCACAAACAAUUGUGACUGUCCCACCAGAUUCUUGCUGCUCGCUGUGCACGUGCUGUGAACUGGCCUCCGCACAGGAGGACAGAGAAGGCGUCAGCAGUGGGUGGGAGUCCAGACGCCCGACCUGCUCUGCCUUGCUAGGUGAGCUCUCAGCAGAAUCAUGAUGGCGUUUGCUCUCCCUUAAUAAAGGACAAAAAUACAUAGACA